UUCAUCUUCUGUACCAGUGUACACCCUUGGGAAUCUGUACAGAACGGAGCACAAUCCUGGUUUACCUGGACUUUGUUGUAAGAACAGACAGACUUUAAACCUCCAGACACCAACAAAAGAAGGAUGAGGAUUGUCAUCUUUUUCAUCUUCCUAAUUGGAGUCAUUUUUCCACUGUUGCAACAGGUGCAAGGAAGACCGUAUCAUCUCCGCCAGCCGCUGUGGCCUUCUGCCCCAAGACCUUUGCCCCAGAUGGACAGAAACGCUGACAGUGACGACUACACUCCCACCUUCUACUUUGAGGACCCGCCUAAGCCCCGGCCCCCUACGCAGCCUCAACCCAAACUACCAGGCCCUGUCAGACCCCCAGGCCCCUUUGUCCCACCAAACAAAGGCCUGUUGCCUCCUUUCGAGGGUGCUGUAGCCCCUCCCUGUGCUGGCGGUAACUGUGACUUCCUACCCCAGCCUUGCCUCACCCCCGACCCUGGGACCCCCGUACAGGGAGGCGACCUCCCGCUCGUCUUUGUUUUCAGAGCCUCCGACAAAGAACAGCCUCAAGUGUUCUUUCUCCCCCAGGUCCCUGGCGGACGAGGCCAGGGGACUGCUCUCAAGCCGCCCUCGACACCCUAUUUGGCAUUUCCGGGAGGAGCGGGUGUAGACACCGAGGGAGGGGUAGCUGGGGGGUUCCAAGGGCCUCUAUUUGUGUCCCCAGCUGAGGUAGCCAGUGGGCUGGACCUUGGUAAGCAGCAAAGGGAGGUACUUGACACAUUCUUGGGUAAUGGAACUGGGUCUGGUGUUUCUCAAAUCAUCAUCUACCCAGGGCUCUUUAUUCCUGUCCCUGAGGGCGGACAGUCAGGCAGCGGUGCGCAAUUCCCAAUUGAUCCCACCAUGACUUUCCAAGAGAGGGUGGAGCCUUCUAUUCUUGGAUUUCAAGGGAGGGAAAAUUGAUUUUACGUAUUGGGGUGAGGGAGUUUUGAAAGGUGUUUCCCUUGUUUGCAAACAAAGAUGUGGAAAAGCCUUACCUUGAGGGGCGACAUGCUUAGCAACAGUCAGAGGAAGACAAUACAUUUGAGAAAAGUUCUUAGUAAAGUUCAGCUUUAUUAAGUGGUCCUCUGCAAGGAUGAACCCUAUUGUAAUUACCUUUGGUUUUUUAGAACAUGAAAAGGUGUAUAUAUUACUAAUGUAUUGAAAAACAUGGGUUUGGUCUCUACCCUCUGUUGCUUUGGCUGAUGUUAGUUGGGUGCCUACAAUGAAUACUGCAAAAUGAUUAUUACAGUGUGGUAGAAAUAAUCUAUUAGGUAACUUCAAUUUGAGUUUCAACCAAUUGUACAAUGCUGCAACAGGUUUGCAGCUUGCUGUGGGCAAAUGUGUAGUCGUUCCAUUAUUUUCAUGUUCGCUCAAGUUAAUAUGAGAGUGAUAUUGCUUGUGGUUUGAUGGUUUUAGAGUCAUUCUUAUUUGUCAAUGUAAUGACUAUGUACUUAGCCCAGGGUCACAAAAGAACUAAGUGUCUAAAAUUGUGCAACUAUCUGUCACUGUUGACAGUAAAACCACAAAAACAUGUUUACCAAGGUUAGUGCAUGUAAACAACAUUGUCUUUUUAUGUGUCAGUGGGCAUAAAGGGUUUUCAUACUUUUGAUGUUGGUGUAUUCAGUUUAAGAAUAAAGACUAAUUACCAUGGAA